AGGUAAAGUAAGUGGGAAGACAGUGAUAUCUUCAGCGAAUUCUACAGCCUAUUACUUUGUAUCACAACUGAACGCAGCUAUGUCCCGGAGGAAAGUGAGGGGACUCACGAAAACCGGGCGACAGGUGAGCGAAGACCCGGACCUCGACAGUUUACUGUCAAACCUGUCGCCCGAAGAAAUGGAGGAGCUGCAGAAAGAGGUUUCCGUCGUUCCCGAUCCAGAUCCGAGUGAAAUAAUCGUAGUGGACCAAACGGAUUUAAAACCAACCACCGCGACACUUAAAAAGGAAUCACAACAAAGCAGCCAGACCGAUGACUUAAGAUCCCGCUUACAGAGGAACCUGUCAACAGAGGGAGAGCCGAAGAAGGAGAGCCGGAAGCAAGAGUACCUACGUAAGAUGGGCCUGAGCCAAGAGAAGAAUACCUCCGCGUCUGACAGCAAAAAUGGAGGGCUUCAGAGGACCCCCUUUACCUCUUCUUUCUCUAAACAUGAUGGUAGAAUGGAGGACAGGACCCGCAGAGUCACAGAGGCCAGCAAAGAUGACAAAUUUGGUCCAUAUGCCCUUUCCAGGAAGGACGAGGAGAGUGAGAAGCAAGUAGAAGUGAAGGAACAAAGUAAUGGGAGUAAAUUCAAAGAUAGAAGAGAGAUGAGAGAAAGUAGUAGCAACAAAACCAAAGAAUUAAUAUCCAAGCUUCAAGAGAAGAAGGAGGAUAGUAAAGAGAAAAACAGAAAGGAAGACUGUUGGAAAAGGGAAUCUGGGGAAAGUAGAGCAAAGGAGAUGAUUUCUAGGAUAAAGGAGAAAGAGGAGAAGGAAAGGGAUAGAAAGGAAGAGUUUAGGAAGAGAGAGGAAAUCAAAACUAAAGGCUAUACAUCCAGGUUAGAGGAAAAGCAAAAUCAGGUUCUAGAAGACAAAACGAAAGAAGAGAAGAAGGUCAAGGAAGAAAACCAAAUAAGAAGGUUAAGCGAAAAGUUGAAAGAGAGCCCUAUGUUGGAAGUAAUGGGACAAAAUGAAAUUGAUAAUGACGUUCAUGAACCCAUUAAGCAAGAGAAAAUUGGAAACUGUGUCUCAGAUACUAUUUCAAAAAGUAAGACAAAUGAGGAGGAAGAGGAGGAUGAGUCGGCCAGCAUGUUUGAUGAAGAUUUGGAGAGAGUUCGUUGCAAUGAUUCGAGCAUGACUGACCUCAAUGUGAACAAUUCAGAAGUCAUAAAAACCAAAACACUUAUUCAGUUCGCCGAGGCCUUAAAAAACAACACACACAUCAAAGUGUUUUCUUUGGCUAACUGCCGUGCCGAUGACCACGUGGCUUAUGCUAUUGCAGAGACCUUACGAAAUAACAAAAGCAUCAUUAGCAUCAAUCUGGACUCCAAUCUUCUUACUAGCAAAGGUGUUAUGGCCUUGAUCCAUGCCCUCCAACACAACUCCACCCUCACUGAGUUACGCUUCCACAACCAACGACACAUCAUUGGAGGAAAGUCAGAAAUGGAGAUGACCAAAAUCUUGAAAGAAAACACAACGCUUCUGAAACUGGGCUACCAAUUUGAGUUAGCUGGUCCUCGUAUGACCAUGACCAAUAUACUUAGUCGCAAUAUGGACCGUCAGCGGCAAAAGCGGCUGCAGGAACAGAAGCAGGCACAGGUCCAAGUAACUGGAGACAAGAAAGACACAUUAGAAGUUCCAAAACCUGGCUUUGGUAAAGGCUCCCCGAAAGCUUCGCCUAGACCGUCUCCUAUAACUUCUCCCGUACCGUCACCCAAGUUGACUCAAAAGAAAAGGGUCAGUGGGCUUGGUGGUGGACCACCUCCACCCCCACCACCACCUGGAGGACCACCACCGCCUCCACCUCCAAUGCUAGACGGAGACUUCCUAAAGAACUCCCUGACGCCCAUGUCACAAAGGAAACUAGACGACAGGAAAGGAGGAAGAGGAGGAGCUCAAAACUCAAGGGACCAACUUCUGGCUUCCAUUAGAGGCACCAAUAUCAGACAGCUCAAAAAGGUUGCAUUACCAAAGCUCUUGCAAUAAUCCAGAGAUGCAGAGAGAUAAUUCUGGGUGAAGAAAACGGCAAGAAUGAAAGGACAGACAUCUCACAGACCUUGAGAAGAUCAUUAAUCAGAAUCUUCCAUAGAAAGUCUUACUUCUGUUCUGCCCUAUAGUAUGGAAGACAUGCAAGGACUCUUAUAUAUGAUGAUAUACAACUGCUUCUACCCAGGAGUCUUUGUACAAAAUACACUGGACGAUAGAAAGAAAUGGAAGUGUGGUGCAGUCAUGGGUGCUCAGAGGCUUCAGUGGCCUGUGGAACUGCAGAGUUGAUGCCUUGCUUGUCAUUUGCACUAAAUGAAUAUUUCAUAUGAUAGAUUUACUAAUGUGUGUUGAUACAGUAAGUGUGGAUGUUGAAAAGGUAUUUGUUUCUGCAGUCGAAUUGGAUGAGUUGAACUAUACAAGAACAAAUAAUUGUCUGGAUUUUAUAGUUGUUUUGGGAAUCUCUAUAUUAAAAGCUCUUGCUGAUCAGGGAAUAAAGAUGGGAUUCUAAUCAAUAAUUACAAAUAAUAUAUAGUUUCAAUUGUACUACAGAAUUUU